AUGCUGCCGGUCAAUCGCUGUCUACGGCUACCCGCCCUGCGACGCCUGCGGGUUGCGAAUGCUGCCUUUCAGCAAGCCUCGCCCUCUACAACUCAAUAUCAACGACGCUGGAAGUCGGAAGCCACAACAACCGCCUCCAACAACGACGACCAAGCACCUCCACCUUCACGAUCGGGCAUCACCAGUCAGAAGAACAUUUCCUACACCUCGGACUCCUACCCCAACAUCAAGAGAGACGAACGCUUCAAGGAAAUCGACGCCGAGGAUGUCAAGUUCUUCCGCGACGUGCUAGGUGUGGACAAUGCCCUCAUCGAUGGAGUCAAUCAGGACGCAUUCGACGAGUUGGAGGCGUACAAUGCCGAUUGGAUGAGGAAAUACCGCGGACACACUCGUCUGGUCCYCAAACCCGACUCCACCCAGCAGGUCAGCAAGAUCUUGAAGUACUGCAAUGACCACCUUAUCGCCGUCAACCCCMAGGGUGGCAAUACGGGUCUCGUUGGUGGUUCCGUCCCCGUCUUCGACKAAAUAGUCGUCAAUCUCUCCCGCAUGUCCAAGAUCCGCUCGUUUGACGAUGUAUCAGGCGUGUUGGUCGUGGAUGGUGGCGUGGUGCUGGAAAAUGCCGACAACUACCUCAAGGAACGUGAUCACGUCUUUCCUCUCGAUCUCGGCGCCAAAGGGACAUGUCAAAUUGGUGGAAAUGUCGCCACCAACGCGGGAGGUCUCCGUCUGCUUCGAUAUGGCUCCCUUCAUGGAAACGUUCUCGGUCUGGAAGCUGUCCUACCCGACGGCACCAUCCUCGACGAUCUUUCCAAACUUCGCAAGAACAACACUGGCUACGACAUUAAACAGCUCUUCAUUGGUGGCGAAGGAACAAUCGGAAUCAUCACCGGGGUGUCAAUCCUCUGCCCGCAACGAAGUCCCGCCGUCAACGUCGCAUACUUUGGUCUUGAAUCCUAUGAAAAAGUCCAAUCAGCCUUUAAAGAAGMGAAGAAGUCUCUUCAAGAAAUCCUGUCCGCUUUUGAACUCAUGGAUGGACAAUCCCAAAAGCUCUACAAGUCCGCCUCGGGAGCUAAACUUCCCUUGGAAAAUGACUACCCAUUCUACGCUCUCAUCGAAACUUCCGGCUCCAACUCUGACCACGACAGCGAGAAGCUCACAGCCUUCUUGGAACAUGUCAUGGGCGAAGGCAUCGUAGAAGAUGGUGUCGUCGCCGAAAACGAAACCCAAUCUCAAAAUCUCUGGGCCUGUCGCGAAGGAAUCUCCGAAGCCUCUCAACAUUUCGGCGGAGUCUACAAAUACGACCUUUCCAUCCCUCUCCCAGAACUCUACUCUCUUGUCGACGAAUGCCGGCAAAAGUUCAUCGAAAAUGGAAUGAUGUCUGAAACUGAUGAGAACUGUCCCGUCAAGGAUGUGGUCGGGUAUGGACACAUGGGAGACUCAAAUCUACAUCUUAAUGUUGCUACGCGGAGGUACGAUAAAGCCGUGGAGAAGGUCUUGGAACCCUGGGUGUUUGAGUGGGUCAGUAAGAGGGAAGGGAGUAUCAGUGCCGAGCAUGGCUUAGGGUUGAGUAAGAAGGAGUUUGUGGGGUAUUCGAGGAGCGAGACAAUGGUGGGCUUGAUGAGGGGUGUGAAGGGGUUGUACGAUCCGGUGAGUACCUCCGUUAUCCUUGAAGCAAUCAAAGGUGUGAUUCGAUGA